AGAACUCCCACCAACCCGAGACCUUCACCCGCUCCAGCAGUGCGUUGGUCGCAAAAGUUGCCAGCAGGAUCUGUCUACUCACUGGGCGCACUACCUACCUUAUCAUUCACAAACGAGUCGCUCGCCAUUGAGGGAGAAGAGUCGAGUAACGAAACCACCCCAACAACUUCCACCACGCCGGCCCCUCUCACAUGUACACAGAAGUUCAGACGGCUGUAACGUUUUUGGCGAAACUUUUCCACAGCAAGUCCUCCUCUGCGGCCGUCACCCCAGAAAAGCUCGCUGCAUUCCAGCAAGCUCUGGUGGAACGGAUGCUGGAGCAUUACAAAGGUCACUGGGAUCCUCAAAGACCUUGUAGAGGAAACGCUUUUCGCGCGCUGUGCAUUCUGAACGGAUGCGUAGAACCUGUGAUCUCGGAUGCUGUUCGAGUGGCCGGUUUGAAGCUCGCAGAUCUCUCUUUCCCACCAGAGCUGGUAUUAUGGGUGGACCCACACUGUGUGUCGUAUCGCAUAGGGGACUUCGGUCAAGUCGUGACCGUGUGGGAAAACCGUGCCGUUCUCGAUUCGGAGGCUGUGGAAAUACCCCAUUUCUUCAAAGCCAAUCAUCGAACACGAUCCCCUUCGUUCAGUCGAGCGCAAUCGCAGACGCCACCACCAGCGCAAUCCCAACAGCAGCAGCAAUCACAAAGCCCGCCGCCGCCGAUGUCGCAGCAUUAUCAAUAUCAGAAAGCCGUGAUGGCCAACUGAGGCUGAUAUAGCACAACGGCCCUGUCACAUAUGUUUUUGAUCGUUUUUGUGUUUGUAAAUACCUGUUGUUUCAAUAUCACUUGAUAUGUCGAAUUCGAGGUAACCGCCAAGUCCGAAGGGUGAUUGUGAAGGGGGC